AUGCGGCCAUUCGCCAACGUCUUCUCGACGUACACCACAGCGUGCAUCGUCCUCGCCUUCCUCGCAGCGCAGACAUCUGCCUACUUCAUCAUCAACGAGCCCUCCGCGAACCGCCAGUGGACGAACAACGCCGCCAACCUCGUGUCGUGGUCCAAGGGCGUCCUGGACGGGAUACACGGGUUCGACGUCGAGAUGGCACGGAUGAGCCAGGACGGGCUGAUGCUUAUCGCGCGGAAUGUCCCCGCCAAACAAAAAUCCCUCAACCUCCUCCUGCUCGACGUACCCCCCGGCGACGACUACUUCCUCAUCUUCAUCAACUCAACACACGGCGUCAUGCACGCCACCUCUCCCCGCUUCACCGUCCUCGCGCCCUCGUCCACCCCGUCAUCUACCCCACCUACGCUCGCCGCGGGCGUGCCGACGGUGACGGUGAGCGGAGGCCCGAAUCCCACGCUGAAUUUCGCGACGACGUUCCCGGCGAUGAGCUGGGGGAGAUGGGAAGGGGGGACCUGUGGGUGGGUGUUGGGGCGUGUGUGCUGGCCGGGGUGGGGGGCGCGGUGUGGACGGUUGGGAUGGGGUUGUGGUAGUGCGCUUUUGGAUCGUGUGUCGUGUCGGAGGAGGCGGAGACGGAUGAAACGGAACGCUACACCCGACACCCGUCCACACUACGUUACGCUAUCCGCCUCUCCUCCUUCUCCUUCCUCGCCUUCCUCGCCCUCGCCUUCCACGCACCCCCUCAUCGAUCAUCUCUCACCCCCUUCGUCCACCCUCACCUCACCUCGCCCUCCUCCCUCCUCCCUCCUCCAUCCGCAUCGUCGUCAUCGUGCACCCAAAAACCCCCCGCCCUCGAGGUAG